UUGUGGUACAUUCUCGUCUGUUCUGCUGAUUCACGUCCGUAAGGCUUCACUAACUGUCUCUCAAACUCCGCAUUUUAGCCGAAUUUGAGAUGUUUUCAUAUCCAGCAUUCCGUAAAGAUAAAGAGGCCGUAGAUGAAUAUCAUGGCCAGAAGGUGGCAGACCCGUACGUGUGGAUGGAGGACCCAGACAGUGACGAGACGAAGGCCUUUGUUGAAGCCCAGAACAACAUCACAAUGCCAUACCUAGAAAAGAUGGACGUGAGGCAACCAUUUCAUGAUAGACUGAAGGGGUUGUGGGACUUCCCCAAGUAUGGAUGCCCAUUCAAGCGAGGAUCACGCUACUUCUACUUCUACAACACUGGCCUGCAAAACCAAAGUGUGAUGUAUGUACAGGACUCCUUAGAUGCUGAAGCCCAGGUGUUUCUUGACCCGAACAAGCUCUCGGAGGAUGGCACCGUUGCCCUAAGAGGGCGCUCAUUCUCAGAAGACGGAGAGUACUUUGCUUUUGGACUGAGCAAGAGUGGGUCCGAUUGGGUCACAAUCAAGGCUAUGAAAGUAGACGGAGCUCAGGACCUACCUGAUACCUUGGAAAGAGUCAAGUUCAGUGGCAUCGCAUGGACACACGAUAACAAGGGCUUCUUCUAUAGUAGGUUCCCAGAUUCUGACAGCAAGGCCGAUGGCACUGAAACCUCUGCCAACCUCAACCAGAAGUUGUACUACCAUGUGCUUGGUACCAACCAAUCAGAAGAUGUCAUGUGUGCAGAGUGUCCGGACAACCCCAAAUGGAUCAUAGGAGCUGAAGUGAGUGAUGAUGGACGAUACUUUCUUCUGACCAUCUCUGAGGGAUGCGAUCCGGUCAACAGACUCUACUACUGUGACCGGGAAACUCUAAAAGAAGGAAUAAAUGGUGUUCUACCAUGGGUCAAGCUGAUAGAUAACUUUGAUGCUGAAUAUGAAUACAUCACCAAUGAGGGAACCCUGUUCACAUUCAAGACUAAUCUGAACGCACCCAAGUACAAACUGAUUAACAUCGACUUCAGCAAGCCAGAAAAGGAGAACUGGAAAGAUCUGGUUUCAGAAUCAGAGACUGAUGUUCUGGAAUGGGCUGCAUGUGUCAACCAGACUAAACUGGUUCUGUGCUAUCUACAUGAUGUAAAGAACAUCCUCCAACUGAACGAGCUAGCAUCUGGUCAGAAUGUCACUACAUUCCCUCUAGAUGUCGGGACGAUUACAGGCUACUCAGGAAAGAAGAAGGACACUGCAAUCUUCUACCAGUUUACAUCCUUCCUCACACCCAGCAUCAUUUACCAUUGUGACCUCACUGCUGCGACCCUUGACCCUACCGUCUUCAGACAGAUAGAGGUCAAAGGUUUUGAUGCCAGUGCCUUUGAGACGACCCAGGUGUUCUACCCUAGCAAGGAUGGUACCAAGAUACCGAUGUUCAUUGUACACAAGAAGGGUCUAAAGAAGACCGGGGACCACCCUGUCCUACUGUAUGGCUAUGGUGGCUUCAAUAUAUCUAUCACUCCGAGCUUCAGUGUGUCCCGGAUUGUCUUCAUUCAAAACCUCGGGGGCGUCCUAGCUGUUCCAAAUAUACGAGGAGGAGGAGAGUAUGGAGAGACGUGGCAUAAAGGAGGCAUGCUGGCUAACAAACAGAAUUGUUUUGAUGACUUCCAGUGUGCUGCUAAAUACCUCAUCGAGAACAAGUACACCGCGCCUCAGAAGAUCGCAAUCAACGGCGGAUCCAAUGGAGGGCUCCUGGUAGGAGCAUGUUGCAAUCAGGCUCCUGAGCUCUUUGGUUGUGUCAUCUGUCAAGUUGGGGUGAUGGACAUGCUGAAAUUCCACAAGUUCACCAUUGGUCAUGCUUGGACUACUGACUUUGGCUGCUCAGAUAAGAAGGAAGAGUUUGAUUGGCUCAUCAAGUAUUCCCCUCUCCACAACAUGAAAUGUCCUGACGGCGACGCCCAGUAUCCCAGCGUCCUCUUACUGACUGGUGACCAUGACGACCGCGUCUCUCCCCUCCAUUCCCUCAAGUACAUUGCUACACUACAAGAAAUCGUCGGAGCGUCGGAGAAGCAGAAGAACCCCCUCAUGAUCCGCAUCGAUACCAAGUCUGGUCAUGGGUUUGGCAAGCCUACAGAGAAAGUGAUUGAAGAGUAUUCGGACAUAUAUGCUUUCAUCGCAGCUGCUCUCAAAGCUCAAUGGACUGAUUAAAGCCCUUUCUUCACGUUUUUAAUACUAGCACAAAUACAGUUCAUAAUAGACCAUUGGACCGCAUACAAUCUUGCAACAGUCUAGCCUCAAGAUAUGACAAAAGACUCUGUGCACAUUGUGUUGUGAAUCAUUUGUUCUUUCAUAUGAAGAAAAAACCUAAAUGCUUCAUGAUUUUGUAUUUAUAUCAGUGCCUGCCACAUGAAGUAAAAGUAUACCUAUACUCGGCUUUAAAAGAUAAAUAAAACUCUUAGUUUUUGUUUGGUAUCGAAUGUUUCAAACUAUUUCUUUUCAUGUCUUUUUUUAAGUAGCAAAACAGGGUUAAAUAGAAGAGAAAAUGCACUAAUUCAAUUAACAAAUGGCAAUGUACAUAUAUUUUAAAACUGAGUCCUUCAGAUAUAAUGUGAAAUGUUGGUAAUAUAUUGCUUGUCUUGAAGCAUUCGCUUACUUUCUUAGAACUCCAAAGGAAGUGAGAUAAUAACUUGAUCAAACUUUCAGACAUAUGUGCAUGACCUACAAAGGUAUGAUACGUAAAGGACAAUAAACAUAGUUUCGUAGAAACAUUUACAUAUCGAGGGGUCAGUGACACAAAGACGUAACUUGAUUUUGGCCAUUUUUAGAAAAAGUGAUUUAUGUGUCACUGCACACUUGGGCCUUAAGGAGUUAAGUCUAUGUUUCACUAGCCAUCGACUUCAACGGGGUGUUGGGUGGAGUUUAGUCUUUGUGUUUCCUGGAAAGCCCACAUAUUUCUGAACAUUUUGAUAUCAAAUACUCAUUUUGAAAAAGUAUGGAGUUACUUCUUUGUGUCACUGACCCCUCGAUAUGUAUAUGUUAACCACUAUUGCCCUGAUAGAAUGGUGAAGAAAGUCUCACAUACCUCGGUAGCAAUGAAUGUCUCGUCUGAGAGUGCAGCAAAUUAAUGCAAGGUUGUGCUUUUGAAAGAAAUGUAUAUAUUUCAGUCAUUAGCAGAACUUAUGAAUAUUUAUCAUUUACUUAAACUCCUGCACAUGUGCACAAAAUCUACUAAUUUUGGGAAAUAUAUACGCUUCACAAGAGUCCUGAUUAUGAAAUUACUUGUGCUAUGCUGUCCUAAAGAUACUUAAAAUUAUUGAAUAGAAGGAGAUCUUGUUCAUCUAAUGUAUUGAGAAUACAAAACAUGUACAACAUCACAUGUAAAAAUGCUGUAUAAACAGUUUUAUAUGUUUCCCUUCUGAAUUGAUAUAAUUAAUUUAACACACCUAGUAUGCCUGUUAAUCUGUGUUAUAUGUUCAUGUAUGUUAAGGAUCAAUUUAAUAAGUAUUAUUUCAUUAGAAGACAUGUCAUAAUAACCAUAUUAGAAUGUACACCUUUCAUAGAAUAUGUUCAACUACCACCAUUACAAAAACUACGGCUGGAAACAUAUUGUCCCACUAAUCGCAAAUGUUACGGCCAUUACUAACGCUUCAUAAUGGGAAUAUUAAUUUCUAAGGGAGUUUGUAAGGUUUGUCACCAAAAUUGUGAUAAAUGUAUAUGAGUCUGUACACUUUGAUGGCGAAAAUGCCAUUAAAUAGACAUAAUGGCUCAAACUCGCAAACGAUGUACAUCUAAAUCAUGGUUUAAAGCCUCCAUAAGUGAAGUACGCAUGUGUCCUGCUGUCCAAUGUAUUAGCUUUGGUCCAGUAUGCUUUGUUUGGUUGACUGUUGAGUUAAACUAUGGUUUUAGACCAUGGUAUGAAUUAAAAUCUUCUUUGUGCAUUCAAGCCAAUAUGGCAAUUUAUCAUUGUGAAUAAAUGACUGACACAAUCUUUUUGUAAAUA